CAACACACUACAUUCAACAUGUUUUCUGAUGUUACAUCUUACUAGAUGAGGGAUUCUUUUCAUGAAAAUGAUUUCUUACACAUGCGCAAUUAGGAAAACUAAAAAACUAUAUGAAGUAAUUAUAGGUUAUCAACAUAACCUAUAAAUAAAAUACUUACGUAUAUACGGCGCUAGAUACAAAAAUGCAACCAAAAUUACUUAAUGUAAAUAAAAUGCCCAGUCAACCAAAAAAACGUAGAAAAAUUAAUCUUGUAUUUGAUGAGAAUAAAAGACGAGAAUUUCUGAAAGGAUUUCGUAAAAGAAAAUUACAAAGACAACAAAAAGCUAAAGAAGAAUUGCAACAACAAUUAAAAGAAGAAAGAAAAAGAAUUAAACAUGAGACACGAGAACGUUACAAAAAGUUAUUGUCAAAUCGUGAUAUUCCUGAAAUUCAACAAUUAUUGUCUCAGCAAGAAUAUGAAACAGAAGGACAUACUGUUAGUAUACUAGAAUUAAAUAUUGAUGAUUUAGCAGAAAAAAAUGCAUUAAUUGGUGAAAAUAAAGGUACUAAUAAUUCAGAAAGGGAUAGGGGAAUAGAAACUGACAAAAAUUCUGAAAAUGAUGAAGAAAUUGUAGGAAUGUCUAUAAAGGAAAAAGAACAAAUUAAAAGUUCAAAAGAAAAUAUAAAAAAUAAACAAAUUGACAAUAGAAAAGAUUUAAAGAAAGCAAUAAAAAAAGCUGCAUUAAAACAAGUGAAAAAAAGUAAAGCAUUUCAAAAAAAACAAAAAUUAGAACGUCAGAAAAAUAAAAAAGAAAGUAUGAGAAAACGUAGAAGAAUUGAGAAAGCUCAAAAACGUAUUGGAAAACCAAAAAAAAAAUUAAAUUGUUAGGUUUUUCAAAAUUUUCUUUUUAAAUAUUAUUAAUAGCAUGUAAUAAACAGUUUUAUAGUA